GUAAAUAAGAAAUUCAAUAUAGUCUUCUUAUAGAUUAAACGAAUGAAUUUAGAGUCAGAUAUAUUCAACCUUUUGCAAUGCUAAGAAUAAAUGGCGGAUGAAGGGUAAAUAGUCUAUACCAAAGAGUAAUAAUUGCAAAAAGUGAAUGAUCUAGUGGCUAAUUUAAAAUCAUAAUACAGUGGAUUUGUAAAUUAAAUUGAAUUAGAGGACUAGGUAUAUUUAAUUACAAUACCGCUGGAAAUUCAUAAUUAAAUAUGCACAUUCCAAUUUGAAUUACUGCUUGAUUUUGAAUAUAACGAAAGUGUUUGUAGAGUUAUUCUAUCAGAUUCAAGUGGUAGAAUUAUAGUGAAAGAAAAGGUAAUUUUAAAUUUAAUUUUAAUAGUCCAUCAGAAUCUCUUUAAGUAGGUACAUGCUUAGGUUAAAUACUGGAUUAAGAGUAGGGAGUUUCUUUAUCCAUCCUCUAGAGGGUUAUAUUGGUUUAAAAUUAUCAACAGCACAUGAAUAGGGACAUCUCUUUUAUUAAAAAGAAUCAAACUAUUAUGAAUUCGUUAAUUAUCUUGAUAGCUUAAUCCAAACAGCCCUCUUUUCCAUACGCUACCACUUCUUGAGAAUAAUGAUAUUAAUCAAUCGAGUCGACAUAAAAAAAAUUGAAAGAUAUGAAGAAUACAUGUCGACGAAUCGAUAUCCCCAAUCAGAAAAAAAGGGUUGGAGGAAAUUUCCUUAAGAUAUCGUCCCUCUUUUGUAAAGACUAAAGAAUACAACUAAAGAGUAAUUUAUUAAUCUAAAUAAGUAAUUUAAAUGAGACAUUCAAUAAUGAAUAAUAUUAAUAAUAUGGCCCCAUCAUUUCUAAAUAGAUAACAAGUGAAAUUAAAAUAAUAAACUAAAUUAAGACCGACUCCCCUAGUGAUUUGUAAGUAGAAGAUAAACAUGUAAUAAACUCAGGUGGUUUUAGUAUUAUUUAUGGAAAAGACAUUACAUAUAAAUUAGAAAAGAAUGAGCAGAAAAACACCAUGAAAAGGCAUUUUGCAAUUAAACUUGAUAAAAACCCGGAAACUAAAAAAAUUUAAAACGAAAUAAAAAUACUCCAAGCUUUGUCUCAAGAUUUUUAAUAGGAUGAAUAAAAAUGUUAGAAUUAAAAAUAGAAUUUUUUCAAAUUCACAGGAAAAUGUCCUUACAUAGCCUAAUUCUAUUAUGUACCUGAAAAUAGUGAUGUUUUAUUAAUGGAAAGAUAUUUCUAUUCAUCAUUAGACCAUUUUCAAAGAAGAUAAGAAGAAUUUCUAAGUAUUUCCACAAGGAUAUAUCUGGCUCAUAGUAUAGCCAUGGGUCUCAGAUACUGCCAUAACUAUAAUAUUAUUCAUAUGGACAUCAAACCAGCCAACAUUCUCAUAUCAAAGACAUUUUUAGCAAAAAUUUCAGAUUUUGGUGAGGCGAUUUUAAUGAAGGGAAACAAAAGAAAUUAAAGAUCAGGAAGAAGCAUGCCAUAUUGUGCCCCAGAAAUGUUGAAUCCAAACUAUAAGGAAAAUUUCACCCAAGCUUAUGAUAUCUUUUCAUUUGGAGUUUUAUUAUUUGAAUUGCUGUUUGAAAGACAACCUAUUGUAAUUAACAACCAUUAUUUUAGGAUUUUAGACAUUAAAAUAUUAAGUUAUUGGAAGAAAAAUACCAAAGACAAACAUACUCAGUAAGGGUAAAUUUGGAAGAAGAUAAAAAAAAAGGACCUUAACUAAUAAUGAAAUAUCUAUUGAAACUAUGCCUAGCUUGUUUACAACCUGACCCAAAAUAUCGGCCAAACAUUGAUAAAAUUAUAUUAAUCCUAAAAGACUCUCUAUCGUAUAUGGAUAAGAUGUAUUGA